AUGUUGGAGGCGUUGUCAGACGCCCUACUCAAUGCAAGGGAUGCACCCGUCGACUAUACGGGUGACGGCAACGGAGCCGGAGGCGCUCUGAAACCGAGUCAGAACCAUGCCAUCCACAUCGCUGCAGUAUGCUGCUCCAGCUUCAGUUUGCUAGCCGCCUUGGUCACUCUGCGGUGGUUUCUCAUUAUGCGCAGAAGUUUCCGUCACAUCCUAGUUAUGAACCUGAUCAUAAGCGACUCAUUCAAGGCUGUGUGGUACUUUACUUUUCCCAUCGUCCUCUUCGCGAAGGGGAACAUCUCGAGCAGCUCCAAAUUCUGUCAGGCAACCGGGUUCUUCCUCACAUUCGGCGUCGAGGCUGCCGACAUGGCGAUCUUCCUCAUUGCCUUGCAUUCUGUGUUAUACAUCUUGCGACCAAACCAUGCCGUUGGAGAAGGAGGACUGUACCCCUACCGUCACUGGGUCUGGCCUGUUUGGCUCUUACCGCCACUUCUCGCCUCAUGCCUUGCGUUCAUUCGAAACCCCAAACCUUUCACUACUUCAGGCGUCUUCUGUUCACUACCCAAACGUCCGAUAUGGUAUAGACUAGCACUUUCCUGGGUCCCAAGGUACAUCAUUAUUGCCUUCAUCAUCUCCAUGUAUUUGUGGAUAUAUAUCUAUGUGCAUCUGAAGUUUCGCGGGUUUGACAAACUCGGUAAGUCAGAGUCUCUGAGCGAGUCACCGGUAAAUUCGAGACAAUUGUCGGUACCUCUCCGUAGCGCCGACAUUGAGCAGAAUGGACAUGAUGGAAUGGCAUCAAAAACCUGGUCCAGGAGGAUGUCACAGCAGCCCACGCCUCCGGUUGAACAGCUGGUGCCAUCCUCUGAGCAACUACAACCAUGGGACCACAUGAAUUUCAUCACCUCCAAACCACUGCUGAACCUCCCUGAUGACGGGGCUGCUUCGACGGGCCCGUGGGGAAGUACGUGGUCCGAUGACACAAACAUGGCGUUUGCAGCCCCUUCUGGGAGACCAUCGCGAAAGGCAUCUCAAGAUGUCGGGAGUGCAAGCCCACACAGAGACCCCGUAUCACGACCGGACGUUGCACCGAACACACGAGAGAAAGUUUCGAGCGAACGAUUGGACCCGUUAAGACGGACCCGGAUGGCGAUUCGCAAACAGUUACGAUCCAUGUUUGUGUACCCUCUGGUCUACAUCAUAGUAUGGACAUUUCCGUUUGUGUUCCAAGUCCGAUUGUACAACGAGUACUAUGUCAAACACCCGGUUUACUGGAUCAACAUAUUGUCGGUCAUCAUGUUGUCGCUCCAAGCCGGAGCCGACUGCAUUCUUUUCUCUUGGACCGAGAAGCCUUGGAGAAGGAUUGCCUCCAACUCGAGGUUUUCGCUUCCUGCCGUGCACCGUCGCAGUCGAGCGAUUUUCCGACGAACACACCGAAAGCAAAGUCCACCAAAUACCUCACAACAGGAAGCACAUGAGCAGUCCCAGCCAAAGCGGGUUGUGCAUUGGUGGGAGGCAGAAGGUCGACGGCGAAGGGACAGUGUGUGGCUGCAUACGAGUACAAUCAGCGAUACCUUUUCGCACUUGGCCUCACGCAGACGAUCGAGAAGUGUGGAUAUGAGCAGACGAUUUCCUACUCAUUCCAGACACCUGAGCGAAGACGUACCUUCGCCCAUUGCAGAAAUUGAGCCUGUAUCACCUGGGAGCUCUCCCGCCCCGCCGAGACGAGUUGGGAGGACAAGCAUGAGUAGAGUCUCGACGAACGUCAGCGAACGGGAGCCUCGAAUCAGUUCAGGACCGGGUAAUGGUCACAAUGCCGGACCAGGAAGUCUACAGAAGGUAAAAAGUCAUGAUUCAAAUCGUUGA